AUGGCACCAGUUAGAAGAAGAGCAAUUACAGAAAAAGAAAAAAAGGAACUUCGAAACUAUUUCUUUAACAGUUCGGAUAAACCAACGCAAUCAGACCUAAUUUCAUGGUUUAGGCAUCGAUUCGACAAAGAUCUUUCGCAGCCAUCUGUAUCCCAAAUAUUAUCUUCUCGAUACAGUUAUCUCGAUAGUUUGAACGACAUAGACGGUGAUGUGAAACGGAAUCGACCUGCUAAAUAUCCAAUACUGGAAAAACUACUGUUUGAAUGGCAGCAAAGAGCUCAGAGUCAAAACCAGGUAGUCACAGGAGAAGCCAUCAAAGAAACGGCUAGUAAGUUAUGGAAAAAGAUUCCAGAAUACAAAGAUUUACCCACCCCCGAAUUCAGCAAUGGAUGGUUAGAAAACUUCAAGAGACGUCACCAGCAAUUUCAAAACAAUGUCAAUAAAGAACAACCUUAUUUGCUUUUCCACGGAAACAUGAUUGAGACGGUUACUAGAAUCUCGGAUAUUACUACUUUGGCGGAACCAGAAAACGUGUUUGCACUAUGUGAAAUGGGACUUUUCUGGAAGCUUACACCAAGCAAAAUAUAUGCAGUUGAGGAAGCACAAGGAAUGAAACGUGACAAAGCUCGAAUCACCACAUUGUUGUGUGCCAAUGCCACUGGCACGAAAAAACUUCCAAUGUGGGCUAUUGGUUACUCCCAAAACCCCAAAGCUUUCCGUGCAGCAGCAAUUAAACCAGAAGUAUUAAACUUUCAUUGGAGGUACAAUGGUCGUGCUUGUUUGACCACGAUAUUGAUUGAAGAAUGGCUUUUGUGGUUCGAUACUCAAAUGCAAAACCGCAAAGUAAUACUUUUGCUUGAACGUUCUACUGCUGUUGUCUGUGCUUUGCAAAAUUUGCGUAACGCCAGUCGAGAUCUAAAAAACACUUCAGUCAUUAUACUUCCUGGGCAACAGGAAAAGAGCUACAAUCCUUUUGAUUAUGGAAUUACGUUUACUUUAAAAGCAUUUUAUCGGAAGUAUUGGAUUCGCUACAUGCUUGCUCAAAUAGAGCUUGGUAGAAACCCACACAAGACCGUCAAUGUUCUUCAUGCAAUGCGCUGGCUGACGAAAGCGUGGGAGAUUGACAUUUUGCCUGAAUCUAUUUAUAGUAGCUUUUGUCAAAGCAGUGUUUUGAGAGACUUUUAUGCUGUUGAACCCGAACUAUCUUACCCUGCCGAAGUAGUGGGUGAAAUUCAAAACUCCGUUGCUCGUUUCGAUACCCGUUCGGCAGAAAAUAUUCAUAGCUUUAUCGAUCCCGUUGAGGAACGACCUCAAGAAGUUGGAGAUGAUGUACUGACCUAUGUAGCUUCUCAAUUCUUACCCGAUCGAGAUCAUGAAACCGAUGAAGAAGAUGAGCCUCAUCUACAAACAACUUUGAAUGGUACAUAUGAAGCAUUAGACUAUUUGAUUAAUUUCGAAGCUCAGCGUGAAGGAGGUGACCCUUCUUUUAUCAUGACUCUUCUCCGUUACCAAAACACCCUUGAAGACUGGCAAACUAGGCUACUAAAGUAA